GAUGUUUUGUUGGAAUCUUCUGCAGUCUGUGACUAGAUGAGUUCCCAUUUCAGGCUCAUUAGUGCGAUUUGUGCAGUUUAGUGUUGAGUAAGCUCUCUUGCAGACAUGUCCAAAGUCCACGUAAUCCUCCUGCUGUGCCUGGCACUUACGUGCCCAUCGCUGGGCGACAAGAAGGCGAAGAAGCCGGAAAACAAGUACUCCAAGGAGCUGAAUCUGCCGGAGAGUGAGACUUACGACAUGAGGCAGAUCCAGCGCCCCUUCCGGAUGGCCAAGCUGAAUUUGGUGUGGACAAAGGCACAGCACAGAUUAACAGAACCCAAACUGAUAAGCCUGUACACCGAGCUGAAGAUCCAAGAUAAAGAGGAGCUGGCCUGGAAGCAACUGAGUGGACAGAAUAAGGACAAGGAUGGUCUGAAGGAGGCGGACUUGCGGAAGAAAUUGAUCGGGAUCAUGAGCACUUAUGGUUUGCUGGAGCACUUCGAUGACACGCAGAAUCCGGAGAAGUUCAAGGAUUACACGGCCUACCACGGCACGGUGGAUGCGUACAAGAACAAGAGUCUGUUCAAGGACAAGAAGCUCAACAAGCUGUGGGAGAAAGCUGAAGUGGCGGGCUUCACGCCAGCUGAGCUCACGGCACUGAAGGAGGAGUUCAUGCACCAUCAGGAGAAGGUGGAUCUGUACUAUGAUCUCCUGGACGACGUGACGAAGAACCAGGGCAAGAAGGACUUCCACAUCAACGCCGUGAACGAGGAGGAGAUCAAGAAGUUCAACGAGGUUGGCACUGUUGAGGAUCUAGCGGACAGUCGAGCCCAGAAGCACGAUGAGUACUACCACGCGGCCAAUGAGUUGCGGGAUAAGCAUCGGGAUCUGCGCGACAGCAUCGACAGGCUGGAGAGAAUCACCGCCAAGGGGCCCAACAGCCAGGACUUCGUGGAGCCCAAGGUGCAGGGCCUCUGGCGAGUGGCGGUCAACAGUGACUUCUCGCCGGACGAGCUGGCCUCGCUCAAGGUGGAACUUCUGCACUUGGAAGCGCGCUUUAUGAAGCUGCGCCACAUGAAUGCCGAGCACGCAAUCUCCCUGGAGAAGUACAAAUCGAACAAGCAUCUGAACAAGCACGAGAAGAUCUCCAUGAUGGAGGACAAUAUCAAGAAGCAAUCGCGCAAGGUGGAGAAGCUGCAUGAGGAUUUGGAGAAGAGGAUCUUCAAGCACUCCGAACUGUGAACAUCCGGAAUCUCUGUUGUGGUGCCAAAAAAAAAAACAACUGAUCGUUUAGGAAGCAUUUUAUAUGUGAUUUUCUCUCGCGAAUAAAUGUAUUUUUACCCUGAA